AUGGAAGUCCUUCCCAAGAUGAUUGGUGAAACGAUCACUACACGCUGCUCGAAACCUCCAGACUCUGUUCUUUACCCCCAUCGGGACUGGAUCGUCAUGGAAAAGCUCAGUGAGCAUCCUUACUCGGUCACCCCAGAGGAUUCCGCCGAAGGCAUGGGUCCCGCAUACACCGCUGGGAAAUAUCUUUGUCGCCUUGCACGAGCUGGGAACGAGAACAAGCUCGCCUUCAUGCGCAUCUACAAACAGAUCCCUCUAGCUGGCACUGCACUUGACAACUCGAGCGUUCGGAAGGCACAGGCCUCCGAGGAUCAUGGACACGUGGAGCUAGAAGCCUUGAAGCGUCUCACAGAGCAACGAUGUACUGCUACCCCCGAACUCCUUGGGUAUCGAAUCGGCAAGCAAGACACAAACGACCUUGUCCCCAACGGAUAUAUCAUCUACCUUGUAUGGAAAAAGGUUCGAGGAGAUCCCCUUGAUAUCAAGGAGUUCUGGAGUCUUCCCUAUAACCAGCGACGAAUCAUCCGUGACAACUUCAAAACGGCCUACAAGAAAGUUCUGAGUUUUGGGUACCAGCCGUUCAUGCCACGCCCGUCAAAGAUCAUACUCGAUAAGUCUACAGGUGAUGUCAAAAUCUCCGGCUUCCGCGGGGCUGCCAUCAUUCAUCCAGACCCGAAAUGGAAAGACUACAACUUCGUUAUGUUUGCCCUGGUCCUGAUCUCCUCGAAGCGGGAUGAGUACCUUCCGAACAUGGCGAAGGAUCUCCAACUUGACCCAAGCAAUGGCUGGAGGUGGUGA